CCCAAACUUAAUCUUGUAUAUUUUGUUACCGAGUGUGUUCACAUAAACAUUAGCCUGUUUUCACCGACUUUUUCCGGUCUUUGUGCUGUUCCUCACUGAACGCUUCAGUCAUCAGAUAGGAAACAGGUGUGCCUUUCCAGUUAGCACGUUUUAACCCGGCUUUGAGCCUCAGCCACUCAGAGCAGACAACCGGGACUCUCAUUAGCUACUUCAGAUCACCUGGUUGGGUUCAGCAUGGCUGUCUGGUUGUUUUGUUUUUUCGUCUGUGCUUCGGUCGGUGGCUUUGUAACCGCCGAACAAGUGAUGACCGGUGAGCCGCGCCGAGUGCCGGUGAGCAGCGCCAGGGUUUUGUCGGCAGCGCGGUUCGCCGUGGCUGAAUUCAACAGAGCCAACGCCGAAGACACGUUUGCAUACAAACUUGUGAACAUAACAUCGGCCAAAAUUCAGGUGGUCGCGGGGAUAAACUACAUCCUGGACGUGCAGCUGGGUGGGUCAGUGUGCAAGACGAGCGACAUGGAUGACCGCGAACCAUGUGCUUACUUUGAACCCAAGGAACUUCAGUGCCACUUCAUCGUGACUGAAAUCUCUUGGGAAGAUUCGCGUGUACUCACUCAAUAUAAGUGUCACCCACGUACUUGCUGAGUUAUAUUCUGUUGUUGCCAAGUAAAGUUAAUCACGAAGCAGUG